CACUAAUGGGUAAACAAGGCCACGGAAGGCAUUUUGUUAGUUAGUUUUGUAUAGGAACAGAGUCAGCUGUCAAGAAUAAGCGUAUAUUUGCCCAAAUGUUUUUGAGAAAUCAUCAUAUAUUCUUGUGAUUCUGACGGAAUAAGUGUUGCACUGAAGCACACCCACUCGGAAUCCAGGCUAAAAUUAGAUGCUCACUGACGUGCGAAAGAUGACAUUAAUUGAAGGUGUGGGCGAUGAAGUCUUGAAUUUCUUUAUUGUUGUUGGAGUCCUGUUUGUCGGAUGGGUCGCAUGGUGUUCAACCAAUAUCGCCGAUCAACCUUUGAUACGUACAGUGUUGAUUUUGCAGCAUCGAACCCGCACACGAAUCGCUGCGUUGCGAGCUAAUCAACAAGUAUUGGCUCUAGCUCAACAACAGCAUAACUCGGAAAACUCGGAAAAUGAAUCAAGGCAAUCGAAUUCGGAUAGUAAUAGCGAGGUAGAGCCUAGUUGUCCAGAAACUUCUCUUCCUGCUACAAGUCAAGUUGCUACUGAAAUCAAUGUAACUCCGGCAGCUGCAAAUGAGGAAGUUCUCAUACAAGCAAUGGACUCCUUUACCACUGAAGAGUCAAAUGAGCAAUUGUUACAACAGGAUAAUAAAGAAGAUGAAAAUGUGACCACAACUGAGACAUCAACACUAUCUGCUGACGCAGAACAAACGGAACCUACGUUGUCCAAUGACAAUGAACAUAAGAUUUCCAUAAAGCUAAAGUUUAUUAACGAUGAUCAAAAAUUAGUUACUGGUAGUCUUAAGGAAAUGCUUGGUGAUUUUAAAAGGAGGCAUUUCCAAUGUGAACUUGAAUCAAGAAAAUUAGUUCGUCUGGUUUUUAAUGGCCAAGUCCUUCAACCCGAUAAUGUGACCUUAGAGCAAUGUGGAUUUUUCAACAAUUGUGUGGUUCACUGUUUAAUACAUCAACAGCGCCCUGCUCCAGUAACUCAAAAUUCAUUAGAUAGUUCUUCACGUUUGUAUUUUAAUCCACCAACCUUUCAAAAUAUGCCCAAUGGCACAGGUUUUGGAUCUGUACAAACAGAGUGGGAUCUUAGUAGACUGCUGGUCAGUUUGGUAACUCUUAUCUUAGGCCUUGCUUGGUACAUCAGAUAUCAUUAUGCCCAGUUGUUCACUGUGACCACAACAUUAGCACUAAGUGGACUCACAGCGUUAUUUACAUUUUCAUUAUUUGGCCAUUUUUUCCCAGAUCAAGACAGCAUAAGAAAUAUUGAAUAAAUACAAUAAAACAGAUUUUUAUUAGGUGUGAGUGCAAAUUUUGAUUUUACCAAUGUAAGCAAGGAAUUGAAUGUUCAUACUGAAAAUAUUAGAACUAGAUAAGUUUGUUUGAAUAUUCAUAUUUGUGUCUGACGAUAUAAAAAAAAAACAAGUUAAAUGACUGUCACAGUUCUGCUGCAAAGUAUAAAGAUUAGUUUGAAAUUCACUACGAUUGAUCUGCAUACAGCACUAUCUAUUUGAAAAAUAAAAAAUUUGAUAGUUAAUGUGUGUGCAUACAAAAAGUUAAGUAAAUAUUGGAAAAGUACAAACAGGAGAGUUGUAACUUUCUCAUAUUAAAAAAAAAGAAAGCAUUUAUUGAAGAUUUUUCAAACAAGUGAAAUGCCAUGAUAUAGCGAUUACAGUCGUAACUGUUGUAUAUUGUAUAACAUGUUUUCUUUUUUCUGUUAAGGGAUGGCGUUGAUAGUUACAUUUAAAUAGUUUGCUAAUAAAUAAUGAUACAUAUAAAGAUAGAAAAAAAUUUGGUCGUUUCAACGCGAAUAAUCAUUAACUUAAUGUUUUCAUUUCCCACUGUGAAACAUUUUUUAUCAAAAGAAUGUGAUUACUUCUAUUGAUACGAAAAAAAAAAUAAAA